GUCCUCCUCCAAAAAACGACCCUGUAGGUCGUUUGUGCAAGCAGCUUAUUACGACCUACCGUUACGUUUCAAAGUUAAGCGCCCUCUAGCGCUCUUUUAAAUAACGACAGUAUCGGCGGUCAUUAAAUGACGUUUGACUGUCGUUACCAAUUAAAAUAAUUUUUGUAUUAUUAUUGUAUUUACUCGGGAUUACUUAAUACAUUAAACUGAGUUGUGUUAUUAAAAUUUACUUAUAUGUUUUUUAAUGUAUUUGUGCUUUAAAAAACAUAUUGGAAACAUCAAAACAACGAAACUCUUAUCAAAACAAAUAGUCAAUUAAAUUAAAUAAACCCUUUUUAACACAGAAAAAAGUUAAAAAAAUAAAAGAAAAAUAAAAAAAGAAAAUUGUUAAAAGCACUGCAGAUGAUAUAUAUGAAUUAUGUAUACGAAGAAGGCGUGGCCAGGAGUUUCCCUGAUAGUCGUAAGUGUGUAUUCAAGUAUUUAAGUAUUGUAGUUUUUUAUAUAUACACUGAUAUUUAGUAGUCGUGUUGGUAGUUUGCAAUUCACGUGGAACUAAGUAAGUACAGCUUUACGUUUUAGUUAAAAAAUCUGUUGAGAAUACCAUUUUACCCAUUAAGAAUGUAACGUUACGUACAGUACCUUGCUACCCAACUUAGUGUCUAGCUCGAUCGCUAGCAACAUGUGCUAGUAGCUCACAUGCAAAAUCCUGCUCAUCAAUUAACUAUCAAAAUAGUGUUAAUUUUGGUGCCUAAUCUUAAUAAUCUGGUUAAUUCAUGAAUAGUAUAAGUUAAUAUAAAGUUAAUUGUGUCCGUUUGUAGAGGAACAUAAUUAAAACAAAAGGGAUGGCAAAAUAGUAAUUAAAUUAUUUUAAAGUCUAAGACUUGAUAUGACCUGUAAAUUAUCUGACUAAUCAGAUUAUAUGUCAUGAAUUGCAAUUUCAGUCGUAUUGCCAUUUAUUAAUUUCAGCAUACUGUAUCCCAAACUGUAAAUGUUUACUCUUUAGAGUAAAAGCUACUUUAAGCAUCAGAAGAAUAUUGUCAGGGCACAACAGUUUUACAGCUAUCUAAAUUAUUUAACUACAAGGUGUCAUUUUAACGUUGUAUAUAAUAUUAAAAAAAUAAUAAUAACGGCACAAAUGCAGUAUUUGGCAACAUCUGUUAACAGAAUCAGGUUCAGGUUCAUUGUUAUUGCCUAUUUUAGACUCUUGCCAUAUAAAAUAAUACCCAUUAGUAAAUUCAGAUUUCUAGGCACAGGUUGACAAGGACAAGGAUUGUGACCACUCUUACAGAGGCCUGCUUGUUUUGACUAGUGCACUCUCAGAGCUUGUGUAGACACACAACUUAUUCCCUUUUGACCUUUGUGGUCAUUUAUUCUGUAUUUAGCUAAAUGUUUAUUUCAGAAACCAGUUAAAUACAGUGUUGGUACAUCUAAUCAUCUCAUCUGGUUGUUUUGCAGGUUGUUGUACCCAUCCUUUAUCACUGAAAUAUUUUACAAUAUUUUUCUUUCUCUCUCUAACUUUCUUUUUUCUUGUAUUUAUCUCACUCCCUUUUUUAUUUCUUUGUACUUAUCUUUUCAUUAUUUCUCUUAAAAAAAACACGUACAAAUGGCAUCUGAGUCAUUCAGUCAGUUUAAGGAAUGGCUGGAAGCAGCAAAAACCAUGGCAGAUGAGUUGGAAACCCAAAAAACUAAAAAGAAAAAAAAACAAAAGGGAACAGAAGUCUCCAAUGUUUCCUGGAGGAAGAGAGACCAGCAUGGGAACAUCCUACCACAGCGUGUUAGGAAGACUCGAUCUAAGAAACCUGCUGGCACUAGAGAGCUCUCAGAAGUUGAGGAGGUGGAAAUGGAUGAAAUUCCACAAGAGGUCCCAAGUCUUGAUCAACAUCUUCAGAGACUAAAAAACCUGCUAAAUUCCGUCACUGUCUCUGCACCAAUGGAAGCAGAAGAGACACCCACCAUGUCUGCAUGGACCAACAGACAGGCCAUCUCUGAAAAAAAAUUUAAGACUGCAAUGCCAGAAAUCUUAAAUUGCAUGUUGGCUGCAGAGACAGUAACCCAGCAUUGCUGUCAACAAUGCAAGACUGCUGAUGCUGUUGUCCGGUGCCUAGACUGUGUUCCCUCAGGAAGUCAGUUUUUCUGUUCCACAUGUGACUCAGAGAUCCACAGAAAAAAUGUUUUCCAUAAUAGAGAAGCUAUGUUUGAUGGUUUUUUUAAACCUAUUCCACCAACAUGUUUAGUGGUGAUUGAUGAAAGUGGCCAAUAUCAACUCGGUGAACAAGUGUGUAUCCUUCCGAUUUCUCCACCAAUGCAAAUCUGCCCCUGCGGUCCAAACCAAGACUUCAUUGUUAUCCCAGGAAAGAAGACUGUCUUGGUGACUAUCAACGGUCCAUACAAUCUGUGCCUGCCUAGUGUAUCCUGUCCACUUUGUUCUUGUAAAUGGACUCCUGGGAUUAGUGACUUGCUUGAAUAUAGAUACUGGCCAGCAACCACCAGCUGCCAAAUGCUGUUCAAGUUUGAUGUGUUCACAUCAUUUGAGCAGAUGAAGUUAGCUAGCCCAGCAUUAUCCCAACAAGCAUUUCUCAAAAUGCUUGAACAUCGAUCUCUUUGCACUGGUCGGAGGGGUGGUAUUUGUGGUGAUACCUUCCACAGAGUCUUUCGGGAGUUUGCCUUCUGCAAUUAUAAGAAAGAAGAUCUGUGCUUGAUGGAGCCCUUUAAAUGCCCAGCAUGCACACCAGACAUGCUGGCUAUAUCUGCAGAUGGUAAUAGAAAACAUUACCGGUUCAAAAAGUCCAAAGGGACAGACGAACCAUCUCUUUUUGAUGGGCUGUUCAUCGCACAAGAUGCCAAAGUGUCUGCCUUUGUUGACCAAAUAAGAAGCCAGAUGUGCAGUAGGACAGGUCAUGAUGUCUGUGGUCCGGCAACAUUUACAGCAGGCAGAGAAACAUCUCAGAAGUCCAGGGCCAAGGUGGAUGAAGAGGGCCUUGAAAUAGCUGUGUGCAGACAUGGAAUCUUGCUGCAAGGCUUAAAUCACUAUCGUGGUGAAAUAUAUGCCUACCCAAUGUUCCUGCAGAAGGAGCUGGCACAAGUUGCAAAUGCAACAUUCUUUUGUAUGGACAUUACCUGCAGGUACUGGCCUUAUUUGGAAAAGAUGGCAGAGAAGUUGCCUGAACUCCAACCACUUACCAUGAUGAAGCCUUUUCUGUCUGUAAUGCAUGCCAAGGCUCACACUGGCAAAUGUGAGGUUAGGUGGGGCGGUAGAAGCCAGGAUGGUGCAGGAAAUACUGUUGGUGAAGAGGUGGAACAGGUCAAUAGCUUUCUUUCAAGGGCUGCUCUUACUACAAAGUACAUGACCAAGUCAGGCAGAGCAGAUAUGAUAACUGUGCUUGCCAUGGCAUGGAAUCGUAGGAAGGAAGAAAGUCUCCACAAGACACUGGUGAAAAGAUUUAUCAAAAGUACACAGAGAGCAGAAAUGGAAGCAGCCAAUCUUGAGAGUCUCAAGCAGGAAUUAAACAUCUCUAUGGAUGAUGCAGAUCAAUGGGUGUUUGAUGUCAAGCAAUGGGCAGCCACUGAGAGACAAAGUACUCACAGUAGUCAGGAAGAGCUCCAGAGAGAAAUCGAUGAAAUGAUUUAUUCCAUCCGAAGAAAAAAGCAUGAUCUAUAUCGACAAAAUGACAGCAACCAAACAAGGCAACGCAAACGGAGGAGACUAAGUGAGCUCAAAAAGACACUCCAAGAGAAGAUACUGCAGUACAACACCCUUCCUGGCUGUGAAGAUAAAAUUGACACAGAAGCAGCAUGCUGUCUCUCAGACGAUUUUAUUCUACCUUGGGAAGCACAAGGAGAUGUGGUGAGUCUCCGCUUAAAGAGGCAACUGUUUGACCAAGUCAUGCUGGUACGGCGCAUGGAGGAGGAGAAGAUAAUAAUUGUAAAGGAGAUGACUCAGCAUUAUCAACAUCUAAAAAAAACAUUGGACAAACUGGACAUCCUCCUUCGGGAAACUAAAGGGGACAUCAAGAUCCACAAUCCACAUCAAGAGCUGACCGAAGAGGGGCAAAGGGGGCUACAUUGCUGUAUCUUACACAAGCAGCACAUUCUGCAGCAAAAACUAGCAGCAGUCACCAGCACCUAUGGUAGUGUCAACACAGACCAUUCCUUCAUGCUAGAAGAAGAUGAUGAAGAGGAGAGUGAGGACAACAGCAGCCCACAGCUUUCUGAAGAAGAGUUUUAAAGUUUUAGCACAAACAUUGGAAGCAUUGGAUUCACCAUCUUCAAAAGGACUCUUUCUGAUUUGACUCUGGAAUUAAAUAUAUUUCAUAUUAAAAAAAUAAAUAAGUAAAAGUCUUUCUA